AUGACUGCCACUCAAAUCGUUCUCCUCCCCCUCUCUCAAUGGACCGAGAACCAUCUCACUGCAAUCUUCCAGGCUACGACAGCCAGCGCCCUUGAGACGGCCCUCGACGCAUUCCUGUCCAAGGACGCUGUCAUCACCGUCAAUGGGUGCACUAUCUCCCGCACCGAGUUCACGAACUUGUUGAGGGGCGAGAAAUUCGACGAGACUCACGCCUCCGUCUCCUUCGCAGGGGCUGUCGAAGCUCCUGCUGAUCCCCAAAACCCCGUCCUUGCUGGCUCUGUUGGAGUCUUUCUCACCGCCAUCGUGGACGAAGCCAUUAUUAUCCGAGAUGUUCCCGUUCAGGAGCAGACGACCGCGUCCAUCAAUGUUGUAAUUGAACAAGAUGCCAGUCUAGACCGACGAAGGGUGACAGUGUUGAAUGAAG